UAAACUUUUUAAAGAGUUGGUCCUAGAUGUAGCAUCAUUUCCUUUUUGACAAUGAGGUUAAGACUUAAGAGUUUGAUCCUUAGGUAUACCUAUCUCUUAAAUGAAUGAGUUCUAGCAGAAACUAGAUUAAGCCUCUGCAUUGUCAAGUUUAAGCCCAAAUGGAAUUUUUUGAGGGCAUGUUAGUGAUAUUUUGCCAUUCAAGAAUCUCCAUUAACAGUUUAAGUAUUUAGGAAAGAGGGCACCUAACACCAUUAAACCGCUUAAUUUUAGAAACGUCAUCGUUAUGUUUACCUAAUCAUAAACUCAUGGUAAUGUUUCCUUUAACUAGUCUUUUUCUUGGGGUUUUCAAUUGUAGCCACUAGAACAGUUGGUGUUAUCAGUAAAAUUGAUCAGGCUGCUGCAGAACCAAAAGCUCUUGCAGCAGUGUAGGCUCUCCUAUUGAACCAGGGACCCCCCAAAACAUCUGAUAUUACAUGGGUUGCUUUGAUUGGCCAAUCUGUAUCUAUAGCUUCUGCACAGUCUUAGAGUGCAGCAUCUGAGAACUCUUUGGAAACCGCUUGGCGAGCAGAGACUGAAAGUUUGAAAUCAAUAUUGACUGGAGCUCCUCCAAACAAGCUUGGGAGAGUUGCCUUGGUUGAGUCUCUUGCUGGACAGAUUUGCAACCGCAUGAAACUAAGGCUUCCAAUUCUUCUCACUGGGAGGUGAUGAACAUGCCAGAUUUGGCUAUGCAAUCUUUGGCCUUAACAAUUCACCAUUUAAAGGAAUUUGGGUUUGAGAGAAUUGUAUGCUCAGGUUUUUCUUUAAGGCCAUUCUCAAGAAAUAUGGAAAUGACCUUUUCAGCCAAUGCGUUUCAACAACUAGAGAUUUUAAAAAAUAAUAGUGAUGGAUCUGAGAAUGGAACCUUGCUGCAAAUUAUGAAUCGCACCCUUACUAUAUUCGGUUCUAGGCUUCUUAGGCAUUGGACCAUGAUUUCUGCUUGUCUUCAUGCUGUAUCUGAAAUUGCAGAGUCCAUGAAACAGUCACACUAUGUUUUGUUGCUCUGUUCCUUCAAAGAACAACUUCCAACAUGUUCGUGUCCAUGCAAUGAAAGCAGUAAUGGCUUGCUGGGAGAUUGAGCAAUCCUUACAAAGUCUAACAGGUGCAAUAAUUG